ACGCGUUAGUCGGGGGGAAGGUUCUAGAAAAGCGGCGGCAGCGGCUCUAGCGGCAGUAGCAGCAGCGCCGGGUCCCGAGUGAAGGUGGUCCUAGCGGUGUUGUUUCUCGAGCAGCGGCAGUUCUCACUACAGCGCCAGGACGAGUCCGGUUCGUGUUCGUCCGCGGAGAUCUCUCUCAUCUCGCUCGGCUGCGGGAAAUCGGGCUGAAGCGACUGAGUCCGCGAUGGAGAAAACUUUAGAAACUGUUCCUUUGGAGAGGAAAAAGAGAGAAAAGGAACAAUUCCGUAAACUCUUUAUUGGUGGUUUGAGCUUUGAAACUACAGAAGAAAGUUUGAGGAACUACUAUGAGCAAUGGGGAAAACUUACAGAUUGUGUGGUAAUGAGGGAUCCUGCAAGCAAAAGAUCAAGAGGAUUUGGUUUUGUAACUUUUUCAUCCAUGGCUGAGGUUGAUGCUGCCAUGGCUGCAAGACCUCAUUCAAUUGAUGGGAGAGUGGUUGAGCCAAAACGUGCCGUUGCAAGAGAGGAAUCUGGAAAGCCGGGGGCUCAUGUAACUGUGAAGAAGCUAUUUGUUGGUGGAAUUAAAGAAGAUACUGAGGAGCAUCAUCUUAGAGAUUACUUUGAGGAAUAUGGAAAAAUUGAUACCAUUGAGAUAAUUACUGAUAGGCAGUCUGGAAAGAAAAGAGGCUUUGGAUUUGUUACUUUUGAUGACCAUGAUCCUGUGGAUAAGAUUGUGUUGCAGAAAUAUCAUACUAUCAAUGGUCAUAAUGCAGAAGUAAGAAAGGCUUUGUCUAGACAAGAAAUGCAGGAAGUCCAAAGUUCUAGAAGUGGAAGAGGAGGCAACUUUGGUUUUGGAGAUUCUCGUGGUGGUGGUGGAAAUUUUGGACCAGGACCGGGAAGUAACUUCAGAGGAGGAUCUGAUGGAUAUGGAAGUGGUCGUGGAUUUGGGGAUGGCUAUAAUGGGUAUGGAGGAGGACCUGGAGGUGGCAAUUUUGGAGGUAGCCCUGGUUAUGGAGGAGGAAGAGGAGGAUAUGGUGGUGGAGGACCUGGAUAUGGCAACCAGGGUGGGGGCUACGGAGGUGGUUAUGACAACUAUGGAGGAGGAAAUUAUGGAAGUGGAAAUUAUAAUGAUUUUGGAAAUUAUAACCAGCAACCUUCUAACUAUGGUCCAAUGAAGAGUGGAAACUUUGGUGGUAGCAGGAACAUGGGGGGACCAUAUGGUGGAGGAAACUAUGGUCCAGGAGGCAGUGGAGGAAGUGGUGGUUAUGGAGGGAGAAGCCGAUAUUGAGCUUCUUCCUACUUGCCAUGGGCUUCACUGUAUAAAUAGGAGAGGAUGAGAGCCCAGAGGUAACAGAACAGCUUCAGGUUAUCGAAAUAACAAUGUUAAGGAAACUCUUAUCUCAGUCAUGCAUAAAUAUGCAGUGAUAUGGCAGAAGACACCAGAGCAGAUGCAGAGAGCCAUUUUGUGAAUGGAUUGGAUUAUUUAAUAACAUUACCUUACUGUGGAGGAAGGAUUGUAAAAAAAAAAAAUGCCUUUGAGACAGUUUCUUAGCUUUUUAAUUGUUGUUUCUUUCUAGUGGUCUUUGUAAGAGUGUAGAAGCAUUCCUUCUUUGAUAAUGUUAAAUUUGUAAGUUUCAGGUGACAUGUGAAACCUUUUUUAAGAUUUUUCUCAAAGUUUUGAAAAGCUAUUAGCCAGGAUCAUGGUGUAAUAAGACAUAACGUUUUUCCUUUAAAAAAAUUUAAGUGCGUGUGUAGAGUUAAGAAGCUGUUGUACAUUUAUGAUUUAAUAAAAUAAUUCUAAAGGAAA